AUGAAUUUUUUAAAAUACCAAAAUUUUUCUAACCGUAAUGUUAAUAUUGAAGUGCCUGUUUUAUCAGACCCAAGAACUAAUGUUUUACAAAAUAUUUAUAGUCAAUCUAAUGACGAAUUAUGGAUUGACUCAUGGCUGCAACAAAAUAAUGUCUACCACCCCAUUCCUAAAAUUAGAAUCAACAGAGCAUCCAGUGUCAUAUCUAUUUGUGAAGCCCAAUCUUCUCUUAAAGAAUGCCUAAUAUUAUUAGAAAAACUAACCAAGACCCAUCAAGAAUUAGAAAGUAAUGUCGAUAGAUUAUCUUCUAAUGAAUGGAAGCAAAAAACCAUAGAAAUUGGUCACAUCAAAGACCAGUUUACAAGGCUGGUGUCAAAAUUUGAAAGUGGUGAUUCAAUUUUUACCUUAAAGAAAGCCAUCGAUAAGAGAAAGAAGAAGAGACUAAGUCAGAAAAAGAAAAAGGAAUUUAGAAAGCAAAAGAUCGAAGAAAAGUUCCAAAUCAGGGAAAAAUUGCAUAAAAGUAUAGACCAGUGGUUGGCUAAAAAAAAGGAAGAUGAUGAAAAACUCAAAAUGGAAGAAGACAUGCAAAAAGAUGCCGAUUGUGUAUUGGCUGAAGUAACAAAGAAAAAGUCAGAUGCUAGAAAACAAAUGGCUCUAGUUGGAUCUUUAGCUAAACUAAGAUUUAUCAGACACCACAUGGCUGUCCAAAGGGGUGAGAAACCCUCUUUAGAAGAUCAAAAUGCCUUUAACAUAACAGUCAUAAAACUAAAAAAUAUGUGGGAAUCGUCUCUGAAAACGUAUAUGAUAGAAGAACAAGGUCUGAAACUUAUGUUGGAAAAAAAUGCCACUGAAGAUACUAAAACUGCCGAACUGGCAAAAGAAAGAAAAUUGUUAGAAGAAUGGCACACUGUUUUCUUUGGUCCUCGACAGAUUAUCCCACAGGACAAUGCCACAUAUUGGGCUCUGACUGCUGCAGAAAGAGACAUGGAAACCUUUAUUGCAAUAAGAAAAAGCUGGGAUACUUUUCUCGUAAAUCCCGCCAAUGAAAUGGGCUCUAAAAUUCCAGUAGGAUGGGUCCUACCAUGUGCAAAUACAAAUGAAAGCUGGGCGAAAUAUUUAUCUACUUCUUAA